AUGUCUUACAUGUUUGGCAUUCCAGUGAUCACCGUGGCAAAUCCUCCAGUCAUUGAGUUUUAUUUUUCCUUCGUAUCGCUAUGGUCCUACAUCGGCAGUCGACGCUUUCAACAGCUGGUCAAGAAGACCAAUGCGCAAGUCAUCUACAAACCAAUUGACUUGCUGUACACAUUUUCUAUCUCCGGCGGCUUACCUGUGAAGCAACGCGCACCUCAAAGAUUAGCCUACCGGUUUGUUGAAAUGCAGCGUUGGCGACAAAUUCGGAAUAUCCCCCUCGUACUGCAGCCAAAGUUUUACCCGGCGGAUCCCUCACUUGCGCAUCGCGUCCUUCUUGCUGCUAUCAAAGAGCAGGGUAACGAUAGCCCUCGCGUAAAUGAGUUUGCGCAUAAGGGGUUAGAAGCUGUCUGGGCAAGGGAGCUUGAAGUCGCCAGUGCGGAGGUUAUCGUUCAGUUGGCGAAUGAGGCUGGUCUGGACGGGAAGAAUCUCUUGGAACAAGCUCAAGCUGAAGAAGAGCUGAGGGAAAAGGAGGAAUAUUUGACAGAGGAAGCGAACGAGAGACAAGUGUUUGGUGCACCGUUUUACUUUUAUCGGGAUGAACCUUUCUGGGGACAAGAUCGUCUUGAGAUGUUGGAGGAUAUUAUUGAAAGUGAAAGAGAGCCAGUUACAUUUCAGUCAGCUCAGCCAGGAUAG